AUGGAGGUCAACGGUGAUAAUUUCGUGACAGAAUUAAAUAUUUUACAAAAUGAGGUUGAGGGUGCAGCUUAUAUUGCUAUCGAUUGUGAGUUUUCAGGGCUAUUAGGCAAAACUAAGGAUGACCAAGACUCACUAAUGAAUGAAGACCAUACUUCGUUCAUAAGACAGUUUGAGGGUCUUCGAGAAAGGGCUUUGAAAUAUGCAAUUCUCCAGAUAGGAUUAACCUUCAUUUCUUUUGCCAAGGAUGGAUCAGCUUCAUGCACUCCGUACACGAUUAACCUUACUCCUCUGACAGAUACAAACCUGUUUUUUCGAAGAGAUUAUUGUAUGGAAACAUCAAGUUUGGCUUUUCUUCUGCGACAUGGAUUUGAUUUUCAAAAGCAGCUUGACGGGGGUGUACGUUACCUAUCUAAGAAAGAAGAAUCAUUUCUCUACCGAAAAUUUAAAAAUCAAAUGCACACGAAAUCAGAAUUCAUAUCUCUCGAUGCUACCGCAGAGUCGUUGGUGAGAGAAACCAAAGCUCAGAUUGAAGAAUGGCGUUCAAAUUUAGACAGGGAUGGCGCAUGCGAUUAUUUAAACGUGGAUACAUCAAACCGUUAUUAUCAGAAAGUAAUACACAAUUUAGUUGAAUCUCAAUACGUCGGUCUCCAAAGCAUAUCGAAAAAUAGUUUCAUUCAAAUUCGCAUGUCUGAGUCUCGUAAUUCACCACCUUUCAAACGUCAAAUUCCUGACGCGGAUUCAGUGGAUCAAAAAAAAAGGACUAUCUAUGAAAAAAGAAUUCAAUUACUUGACGAGGCUGUUGGGUUUCGCAAGCUUUGGGAUUACUUGCUUUCAAAGAGAAAGCGGAUAAUAUGCCACAAUGGUUUAGCUGAUCUAUUGUUUUUGUUUUCUAUUUUCGAAGGAGAUCUCCCAAAAACCUAUAAUGAAUUUAAAAAUGUACUUUACACUUCGUUUGAAUCUGUAUAUGACACCAAAGUGCUGUAUACAAAAUCUCCACUUCUUCGGCAUGUCAUUGACAACGGCUCUUCUAAUCUACAAGCUUUGGUCGAGAAAAUACAAAUCACUAGUACGAAAAUUAGUCAACUUUGCUCUCGUGUGUCUUUACUAGAUCGAGGCCCUUAUAGCAUUAUGAUGAAUAGGAAAAAUUCACAUGAAGCAGGAAAGGAUGCCUACGAUACCGCUAUAGCAUUUCUGUACUACCUUAAUUAUACUCCUCAUUCAGAUAUUGAAGGAUGUAGCAACAUUUUAUUCCUUAAUGGUCAAUAUCUAGUUUAA